AUGGAACACCCUGAGGAUGAAUGUCGUGUUGGAGGUGAACACCAGGGAAAACAAAAUGACGAGGAAGCUGUUGUUCGUCUUGAGGAGUUUAUGAAAUCAGUGGAAGCAAAAAUGGCUCUUUGUCAGAGUAACUUGAACCCCGAAAGGCCUGCCCUCGAACAAAGAAAUGAUGUUGAUAAUACUCUUGACAGGGAAGCUGUUGUUCGUCUUGAGGAGUUUAUGAAAUCAGUGGAAGCAAAAAUGGCUCUUUGUCAGAGUAACUUGAACCCCGAAAGGCCUGAUUUGGGUUUCCUUAGGACAUUAGACUCCAGCAUUAAACGCAACACUGCAGUUAUCAAAAAACUUAAACAGAUCAAUGACGAGCAAUGGGAAGAUUUGAUGGAUGAGUUGCGAAUUGUCAACUUAACCAAAUUUGUGAGUGAAGCAGUGCCUGCUAUUUGUGAUGCCAAACUUAGAACUUCAGACAUACAAGCCGCAGUUCAGAUAUGUUCUUUGCUUCAUCAAAGGUACAAAGAUUUCUCGCCAACUUUGGUUCAAGGCCUUUUGAAAGUCUUUUUCCCUGGAAAAUCAGCGGAGGACUUAGAUGUGGACAGGAAUUCGAGGGCCAUGAAGAAGCGCAGCAGUUUAAAACUUCUUUUGGAGCUUUACUUGGAUCUCACCAGCAUAGAAUACUUAAAGGACCGAGAUGCAACUCAGAUUAAUUUAUCUCUUCUUACUAGUUUUGCUCGACAAGGGAGAUAUUUCUUAGGACUUCCUCAGUCUGGAGAAGAAGUUGUCGAAGAGUUUUAUAAGGGCCUUAAUAUCACAGCAGAUCAGAAGAAAUUCUUCAGGAAGGCGUUUCAUACAUAUUAUGAUGCUGCUGCAGAACUGCUUCAGUCUGAACACAUUGCAAGUUUUUGA